AUUUCCAAUUUACCCAUUAUUCCCCAUCAUUCAUAAUGGUAAAUUCCAAAUCACAAUCCACCUUCGGGUUGGCCCCCUUUCUUCCCAAUAGCAAUUGGCCCCAAUCCUUCCUCCCCUCCCUCCCACUCAGUUUCCCCCAUGGCAAUUUCAAAAUCACAAUUGCCCAUCCACAUUUCGAGUUGACCCCUCUCUUCUCAAUUUGCCCCAAUCCUUCUCCCCACUCAUUUUCCCCCAUGCCAAUUUCCAAUUCACAAUUGCUCCCAACCCUCUCCCAAUUAAUUUACCCCUUUUUUCCCCCCAUCCCCACACGCCAAGACAAUUUUUUAACCAAAGUUGCACUACCAUCCUUUACCCGAAAUCGACCAUUCCAUUCCCCCAUACAUACUCUCUCAUCAAAUGACAAUUUACCAGAUGCAAUUCUUUAUUUUCAAUUCACACUCAGUCCUCUUUGCACACUGUCCUCAAUUUCAAAUGCCCCCAUUUCUAAUUUACCCAUUCUACCCUGCAUCCAUAAUGGCAAUUUUCAAAUCAACCCAAUCGCCUUUGGGUUGCCCCCUCUUCAAUUUCCUCACACCCCUUUCCCCACUCAUUUUCCCCCAUCGCAAUUUCCCCACUCUUUCCCAUUUCCAAUUACCCAUUCUUCCCCAGCCCGCCACAAUGGCAAUUUUAAAAUCACGAUAACCUUUGGGGUUGGCCCAAAUAGGCCCCCUUUCCCCACCCAUUUUCCCCCAUCACAAUUUCCCCUCCCAUCUCCAAUAAUGGACCCAUUCUUCCCUCAGCCCACCCACAAUGGCAAUUUCAAAUCACGAUCACCUUGGGGUUGGCCCAAAUUGGCCCCUUUCCCCACCCAUUUUCCCCCAUCGCAAUUUCCCCACUCUCUCCCAUUUCCAAUUUACCCAUUCUUACCCACCCCACACCCAGAAUGGCAAUUUUCAAAUCAAAAUUGCGCAGGCCCAUUUUCAAUCGGCCUCUUUCCAAAAUUCCCCAUCUUUCCCAUUAGCAGAAAAAAUCACUAAAAAGUGUGUAUUGUAUACUGGUGCUCAACAUAUUAUGCAGAAUCACACCCAAUAACAAAAUCAAAAUUCUCGUCUAACAGAAUAAAAUAGCAAUAUAAUCC